CCAUCUGUAUGUACUGUUCUCUGAAAGUUGAGAUCUUAUUCACUAAUUAUUUGCUUACACAUUUAGGGCUCUAGGAAGCAAGUUUUUUAACCUGUGGGGUUUAAUGGUUUCAUUAGGUCAGUACCUGUUUUGCUAGCUUUUCAUUAAUUGUCUCAAAAAUUGUCAAAAAUUAAAAAAGCUGCUUGGGAGAAACAAAUUUUUACAGGGUCCCUAGUUUGUGAAUUCACUUGCCAAAGACAGUCUACCACUUUCUUGCCAUCAAAACAGAACCCAAGUUAUACACACUUCACACUUCAGACUGUGAGCAACAGCUUCUUUGUUCGGUAAGAAAAGCCGGGGAAAACAGUUCUCUUGCUGUAUUCCCAAUGGAAUCCCGCUAAGUUAAAAUACAGUUUAAUCUCUUGAGCCGGCAGCUUUAUUAGUAAGCAUUUCCCAGUCUUCGGGGAAAUCUAAUUUCACAAACAGAUCAGAGCUGCUUCAAACGCAGCUUUCAGUUGCCAUCCACCGGGGGACAAACGGGGAGGAGGAAGUUUGUCAGAAAAGACCUUCUCUGAGCCCAAGAGUGAUUACCAGAGGUGUCUCCAUCGACUGCCACCCACCUAAAGUCGAUAGUACUCAAAUGAGUACGCCGGUGCGGACUAUAUAAGAGAAGCGCAUGGCCCUGGAGGGCGCAUCCCCCCUCUCCGGGCGCAGCACCGACCGCCCCGCUCCGCGGCCGGCGGAGCCUCCGCGGGGACCCGGGCGCUGCGCCCACGGCAGCGGACGCCUCUCCCCAGCCCUCCCGCUCUCGGCGAGACUUGCCUCCGCCUGAAGCGCCGCAGAGAUGCGAGGGGCGAAGAAACGCCAGGCGCUGCCCGCCAUCGUGCUCCUGCUGCUGGCCUCGGCCCCACCGCCGCCGGGCGCCGAGGGCAGGGACGUGCCCGCCGCCGGAGCCGAGCGGGGGGCGCUCCUCGACCUCCUCCUCCAAGCCCUCGGCGACGGCGGCCGCCCGCUACCGCCCCGCCCGCCGCGGCGGGACCGGGUGAUCUCCCGGCGGUACAGCGGCGGCGGCGCCCCGCCGCCAGACCCCCGCGCCAUCGCCGCCGCCCCUCGCCCGCCGCCGGCCGUCGUCGCCGCUCCGCCGCCCCCACGGCUGUUCGCCACCGCCCGCCACGGAGAAAUUUUUCCAAGAGAUUCCAGUCUAAAAGACAAGUUCAUAAAACAUUUUACAGGACCAGUCACAUUUUCAUCAGAGUGUAGCAAGCACUUCCAUCGACUGUAUCACAACACAAGGGACUGCUCAACGCCAGCCUAUUACAAAAGGUGUGCAAGGUUGCUAACGAGAUUAGCAAUGAGCCCUUUGUGUACACAGUCCUAGGAUGUUUGCUAUACUUUCUACUAAGGAGAGAAUUCUGAUUUGCCAAGAAAGUGCCUUGAAAUCUUCCAAGACAGAGAAGACGUCUUUUACCUUUUUGAUUUACAAUGUUUUGUUACUAGAUGCAUUUUAUUUUCAUAUAUUUGCCAGACAUUCCAUAUUUGUGUGAAACAUUAUUUUAUUUUAAUUUGUAAAUUUGUUGCCUAUAGUUCUUACAAGCCAAUUAUUUAAAUGCAUUGUAUAUAAAGAAUACUAAUGAUAUACUGAUUAAAUGUUAUAACCAUAUGCAGGGACUUGGUAAAAUUUUGCUGUUUCUCUUGUUCCAUUGUAUUUACAUCAUUCUGCUCAGGCUCUUACUUUCAUUAUUUGCACUAACUUGAAAUGCAGAAGUCUAUGUAACUGAAAUCUGAAUAAGCUUAAGUGGGGAAGUUUUACUUGCCAUGGAAGAUAUUUUAUAUUAUGAAGCUUUGUUAAUAUAUACAUAUAUAUUAUUGUGCAUCAGAAAAAAAUGCUCAGAAAUGCACCUUGCUUUCAGGAACAUUUGUAUGACUCUUCUGGAUUUCAUCAGUUACAUUUGUACUGGCACUUAUGGAAAGAGUUGCAAAUAAUGUAAAUAUAAAGACUGGAAAACUGCAAUGCAGUUUUGGUGGAAUAAAGAACAUAAA